AUGAGUGCUGCCUUUGCAAGGAGUGCUGCCUUCGCAAGGUGUGCUGCCUUCGCAAGGAGUGCUGCCUUCGCAACGAGGGCUGCCUUUGUAGGGAGUGCUGUCUUCAUAAGGGGUUUUGCCUUCGCCAGGACUGCUGCCUUUGCAAGGAGUGCUGCCUUCGCAAGGAGAAUUGCCUUCGCAAGGAGUGCUGCCUUCGCAAGGAGUGCUGCCUUUGCACAGAGUGCUGCCUUUGCAGGGAGUGCUGCCUUUGCACAGAGUGCUGCCUCCGCAAAGAGUGCUGCCUUUGCAAGGAUUGCUGCCUUCGCAAGGAGUGCUGCCUUCGCUAGGAGUGCUGCCUUUGCUAGGAGUGCUGCCUUCGCUAGGAGUGCUGCCUUCGCAGGGAGAGCUGCCUACGCGGGGAGUGCUGCCUUCGCAAGGAGAGCUGCCUUCACAAGGAAUGUUGCCUUCACAAGGAGUGCUGCCUUCGCAAGGAGUGCUGCCUUCGCAAGGAGUGCAGCCUUCGCACGUAGUGCUGCCUUCCCACGGAGUGCUGCCUUUGCACAGAGAUCUGCAUUCGCAGGGUGUGGUGCCUUCGGUAGGAGUGCUGCCUUCAAAAGGAGUACUGCCUUCGCAAGGAGUACUGCCUUCGAAAGGAGUGCUGCCUUCGCAAGGAGUGCUGCCUUCGCUAGGAGUGUUGUCUUCGCAAGGAGGGCUGUCUUCGAGAGGAGGGCUGCCUUCGCAGGGAGUGCUGCCUUCGCAAGGGGUAAUGCAUUUUCAAUUAGUGCUGCCUUCUCAGGGAGUACUGCCUUUGCAACGAGUGCUGCCUCCCAAAGAGUGCUGCCAUCACAAGGAGUGCUGCCUUCGCAAGGAGUGCUGCCUUCGCAAGGAGUGCUGCCUUCGCAAGGAGUGCUCCCUUCACAAUGA